AUGUCGGGACUUAUUGGUGUUACAGAUCCUUCUGUUGAGGAGGAAGAGGGUAGAAAGGCUCUUGAAAUGGGCAUAUCAGUUUCAGAUAAGCAUCUUGAUCUUUUGAGGCCAUCAGCUCGAUAUUAUUCCAUAUUCAAAGGCAAGUAUAGUCUAAUUAGAGGUGAAGAUGACACUCCACUGGGAUUAUACGAUAAACCUCUUCCAUGCUUUGGCUGUGGAAUUGGAUGGUUCUCUUUUCUCUUGGGUUUCUUGUGCCCAUUAAUGUGGUAUUAUGCUACAAUCUUGUACUUUGGGAAUUAUUAUCGCAAGGAUCCAAGGGAACGAGCUGGACUUGCUGCUUCUGCUAUUGCUGCCAUGGGGUGCUCUGUCAUAUUGUUGAUCGUUGUCUUGGUUUUGAUUUUCUAGCCGAUCUUCGAAAGAAUACACUGAUGGAUGUUUACUAGUAUGAAUGUGCAGUAGUAAUUAAUUUUAUGUAUACAUGUCGAUAUCAAUUCUUGACUGGUAUAGCAAAAAUGCUUUAUAGAGUUUGGGUUUGUGAAUCUACUCCUUAUAUGGGAUGAAAAGCGAUGUUCCAUAGUUUGUUCAUUGUCUGAACGAAGUUUGUAACUUGAUGUUCCAUAUUUUGUUCAUUGGCCUAUUAAAGAUUGAGCAAACAUAGUUUGUUCAUUGUCUUAACAAAAUUUGAGCAACUUGCACAAAGGUUUGUUGAUUG